UUUUGUGUAAUCUUGACAAUGUUAUUAUGUGUUUCAUAUUAUUACAUAUGUUAGAUGAAAUCGCGCUAUGUGAAACUAAACAGCUAUGAAUAUAAUGUGGAUAACGUGAAUUUUAUGUUAUAAAUUUUCGUUGAAGAGUAUAAUGAGUGAAUUUGUAUGGUAGCCUUGAUUUUAGAGUUUGGCUGUUCGAUAAGAGGUUAUAAAGGGUAUUAAUUUUUUAGUUUACAUAUGAUCAUGCGUUUUUUUGCUGUUUAAAAAUUUAUUUCGUAGACGCAUGAGAUUUUUUUUUUUUUUUUUUUGCCAUGUCUAAUCUUUGGGCAGUGAAUACUCUUGGUAAAAUAUAUGUGCUGUCUACCGCUGAAGAUAAUUGGCAUGAGGUUGAAACCAAUGGUAUUGAUAUUAAAAGGAUCUCGGCUCAUGAAUUUUUCACUUGGGCUAUAGGAGGAGAUCACCAAAUUUAUAUUUAUGUGCCUACAAAGGAUAUUCCUAUUCGGUGUCGUGUUAUCACCUUCGAAAAUGAGAGAUGGAAUCCUAUUCAUGGAUUUUGCUGUAUGUUAUUGCCCACUGAUCGUCCACAGUGGAGUAAUAUGGAUGGCUUAGCUUCAUUGCCAAAAGAAAAUUUCCACCUUCCUUCAAAGAGUUGGGAAUGGGAAGGAGACUGGUAUGUGGAAGAUAAUCUGGAGGGUCAACCUUUGGAACCUGAGGGAUGGACUUAUGCAGCUGAUUUUCCUGCUACUUACGGGCCUAAUAAAAGUUGGAAUUCUUGUGUAAGAAGACGUAAGUGGAUUCGUUAUCGGCGGUUCUGUGCUACUAACAAAUGGUCUUUGAUUCCAAGCAUACAUGAAGAUCCUGUGUUAGAGCCAUUUAUAGAUGUAUCUGUGAAUGGUACAGAAAUUCCUGGAGGAGAGUCAAAUAAUUUUGCUGUGUGGGCUGUGACCAUAAUGGGUAGAGUGAUAUUUCGUUAUGGUGUCACAGAAAUAUCUCCAGAAGGCAGUGGAUGGGUACCCAUUAAAACACCAGAAGAAUGUGAUGUUAACCAAAUCUCUGUGGGGCCAACAGGUUUAGUAUGGGCCAUCACCUGGUCUGGUAGUGCUAUAGUUCGCAUUGGUGUUACAAGAGAAAACAUAAUGGGCAGUCACUGGAUUAAAGUUGAACCACCUAGUCCUGAAGAUUUGCUUUCUCAAGUCAGUGUUGGUAAAAAUGUUGUGUGGGCCAUAAGCAAAGAUAACAAGGUGUGGUUCCGUAAAGGAAUAAAUGGAUUACACUCUGGAGAAAAUGCAGAUGAUGCUACCGGUAGUGGAUGGAUAGAAAUGUUCGGCACCUUAGCUAAUCUUAGUGUUGGUGUUAAUGAUCAAGUAUUUAGCAUUAGUGCUGAUGCCCGCAAUAUUCAACUCAGAACUGGAAUUAAUGAUUCUGAAUUGUGUGGUCGAACUUGGAAGGUUAUCAGUGCUCCGUUAAAGUUAUUACACCAUUCAUCUAGUUUUUCAAGUUUAGAUUCUUUAUCCAUUUUAUCACAUAAAGAUUCUCUUUAUACAUCAGACUCUUUCUCAUCAAGCAGUAGAAAUCAAAGCUUUCGAAAGAAGAGUGGUGACAGUGUCAUUUCUUGCCCACCAGUUUCUAAAUGUGAAGAACGUUCUGAAUGUUCUAUACUAGAAUCUAAUUUAGAACGGUCAGAGAGUUCUUCAAAUUCUAAAUUAGAUUCUGAUUUAGGUGAUAUAUUUUACAAGUCAGAAAAAGAAGUACCUAAUAUUGAUGAAGACUUAACUCAUAGUCAUAGUCCUAGUCAUAUGAGAUUUGAUAGUAUAUGUAACCGAACAUCAUCUUAUUGUAGCUUGGAUGGAAGUACUUACACUGUAGAGCAGUCUGGAUUGCUAUGGCAUGCUCCUACUGAUGUAGAUUAUCAGAUUUGUGCUGAUGUUAUGUGGGUGUGGAUUAGCGGUAGUGGAUGUACUGUAAUAUCUGAGACAUUGCCUAAUUGGUUUUCAGAAGGUGGUUCUGUUUGUAAAAGUGCUGUAGAUGAACCAUGGUUUAAUGAUGUUCUUUCCCAGCUGAAAGACAGAUAUACUCGGGAAAUGCUUCGGUUUUCUUCAUAUCCCAAAGCUGUUGAAAAGAGUACCUGGGUGAAAACAGUGACAUGUCGCUGGUAUAAUAAUAAUAGUUGGGUAACUUGUCUGCUGGAAUUACUUCAGUGUGAAAAUGUUAAUAAAAGUACUUUGACUUGUCAUCACAAAAAGGAUCAGGUUGUGAUUCAGUUAACCCAUAUCACAUGUGUAGCGUGCCUUCCUGAUUGGAAUAAAAAUGUUUUAGCAAUUCAUACAGCCAAAAGAACUAGCAAAGGUUCACCAUACAAAUUUUCUUUUACUUCUAAUGAUGAUUUAGAAGAAUGGUUAUCUACCUUAAAUGCAUCCUGUCGUAAUGUGAACAGUUUACCAUGGAUCCCUGAUAAAAAAUCCAUAUGGUCACUUACAGUCACUGGUGAUGUAUAUGUUUACUGUGCCAAUUCUGCUGACAUGGAAAAGCCAAUAGCUAUGAAAUGGAGCCUUCUUGGUGGUGGUCAUUUACGAUUAGUUGAGACCUGUCCAUUUGGUGUUACUUGGGGCCUAGGUUAUAAUUGUACAGCUUGGGUUUAUAGUGGUGGAUUUGGAGGAGGACCAUAUCAUGGAGCACCUGGGUGCAAUACUGCUGUUGGUCCCAUGUCUGAUGUCAGAUGUUUGUACAUUUAUGAAAAUCAAAGGUGGAAUCCCUUGUCAGGUUUUACUGCUAAAGGCUUGCCUACUGAUCGCUACAUGUGGAGCGAUCAAACAGGAAGGGUAGAAUGUACAAAAGACAAUACACAUUUACCAUCUGGUCAUUGGCAGUGGAUUUCUGACUGGUGUAUAGAUUAUAAAACUCCUGGGGGAGUAGAUAAUGAAGGUUGGCAGUAUGCUACAGAUUUCCCAAGGUCAUAUCAUGGGUAUAAGCGUUUCACAGAUUAUGUUAGGAGGAGGAGGUGGUAUAGGAAAUGUAGAUUAACUACUAGUGGCCCUUGGCAGCAACUGGGUAAUACUCCUUUACUUGAUGUAUCAUUCCAAGUUGAUUCUUGCUGUGAAAAUGAUUCCAUAGCAGUGUGGGCAGUAGCAAUAAAUGGUGAUGUUCUGUAUAGAGUUGGAGUAUCUGAGAGUUGUCCCAAGGGAGAAAACUGGAUUCAUGUUCCCACUGAAAAAUCAUUUUGCUCAAUAUCUGUUGGGGGAGAUGGAGCUGUAUGGGCAAUUGCUAAAGAUGGUUCUGCUCAGUUACGACAUGGUAUCACAUCAUCCAAACCCACAGGUCAGUAUUGGUGCCAUGUAGAACCUCCUCAAGUUGGCAGCCCUUUGCGUCAAAUCUCUGCUGGCAGGACUAGAGUUUUUGCUGUUGAUGAAUCCUGUAGAUUAUGGUCAAGGCAAGAAAUAGUGCCAAUUUUUAAAGAAGGAACUCAUUGGAAGUGGGUGUCUGAUGAUGUGAAACAAGUAUCUGUUGGUCCUAUGGAUCAGGUUUGGUGUAUAAAAAAUAAUUUUGUGACUCUGUCAGGAGUGAUCUCAGGUGUUGUGUGCAAACGGUGUGGAAUUACAGAAGAAAAUCCUUGUGGUACCGACUGGGAACAAGGCAUAGGUGGUUGCUGGAAUCAUGUAACAAUUAGAGGUUGUCUCUUUGAACAAAAUAAAAAUAAUAUGAAGUGAGUAUGAUAGCAAUAGAAAAUUUAAUGAUCUCUCAUUCCAUAAUAUUGUUAAAAUGCUUUGCUUAUUACGUUUACUUUCCAAAAGUUAAAUGUGCAAGCACACAAAGGUUAUCUGUUUUAAGAUAUUCACGUAUAACAGCAAAAUUUAGUAUUUUCUUAAGAAAAUAACUGCCGUUAUUAUUAUUGACAGUUGAAAUAUGCUGAUUUUUUAAAAUUUUAUUUAAAUGUUCAAGUCAAAUUUAUGCAUAUUAGAUUACUAAAAAUUAUUAUGAAAUUUGUGCCUUUGGUGACUAUUUUUGAAGAAAAGCCAUUUCCUUAUGUCAUAUUUAUUAUAUAGGUUAAUUUGAUUAUUUCAGCUAUUUAUAUAAAAUUUAGAAAAAUAUUUUUAACUUUUCAAACUUCUGAAAAUUAAUUAUUUACCUAUCAGUAUAUUAAUUCAUAAUUAAAAUU